AUGGACAAUAUUCGUCGCUGUGCUGGCCACGGCAACAUCAAGCUCACCUACCUUGGAACAGCACUGCUUGUCGCCUUUUGGUACUUCCACUUGCCGUUCAUCAUCGACGUGCUCGGAUUCAUCUGCUGCUUCUGUAUCGGUGUGCUCUCUGUUGUCAAAAUCAUUUGGUUUCGCAAUCGGCAUGCAGCGUACAUGGCGCGACACUGCCGAAAACACCACCUGUGGAUUGGUCUGCUCCUUACUCUCAGUUUGGCCAUUUUCUUCAUCUGGCUUCAAUUGAUCCUUGUUUUGCCAGCGCCGGAGACGACUUCAUCCCUACCAUCAUCCCUACGUCGACUCCGCAAGGACAGCACCACUACUGUGGCAUUCGCAGAGACAGAACUCUCCUACCUCCACGGUGCCGGAGCGGCAAGCGCGUAUACCUGUCUCGUCGCGGCCUGUCGCGUGCCAGGUACUUCCUCCAUCAACCGGACAUGGACAUCUAUCCAGGAAAGGCUCAUGCAACAAGGAUCUCCAUCCCUUGGCCUCACCAUGACACAGAGCGAAACAGGUUGCUGGCAGCAAGAUUCCAAUCCAUCUCAAAAUGCCAUCCCAUCUGCAGCAGACUUAUCUGAAGCAUCAGUUUUCGAAGAUUUCCGUCAUGACACCCUCAUCCUCGCCAACGACCUCGCAACCUACGCCAUCAAAGUCAUAAAACUCGAAUCUGCCAUCGACACAACAAUCAACCAAACAAUCCUCGAAAGCAUCAACGACAUCUAUCGCCUCCUCAGCUCCACCCGCACGUCAACCACCACCACCUCCUCUUCAGUUUAUACAAUCUCUCUCGACCGCCUCAUCGCCUUCUACUCCUCCUCCUCCCUCUCCUUCUGGCCCCGUCUCUUCCACCAAAAAUCUUUCCCCCUCUACACCCAUCUCCGUCCCUACCUCUUCCCUACACCAACGCCUACCGAGUCCCUCUCCCAAACCCUUUUGUCGCUCAACGAAAAAGUCACAACCUGCUACAAAAUCCACAUCGCACUUGCAAACGUCCGAGAAGCCUACUCCGAAGCCUCCGCCAAACUCACAAACCUCAUCAACGACUACGGCACCAACGAAAACAUCCCUGUGGAAAUCACCCGACAAUUCCCACCCAUCGCCAACCUUGUGGCUCAGAUUCGGAAUGGGAGCACGAGUCGCCUAGGAGGAGGUGUCUCGGUGUUUGAUGCGAAGAGAAGAGUUUCGGGGAGGAAUUGGUGGGGGAACUUUUUAGAAGAGGUGAUUUUUGAGAAGAUUUGGGGCGAGUUGGAGAGGAUGGGGAGGGAUGUUGAGGAGAUGCGGAUUACAGGGAGGUGGAUUGAGGGGAGGGUUUGUGAGAGAUUGGAUAUGAGAGUGAGAGAUGGGAUGGGAUGGGAUAGGAUGGAAGGGAUGGGAUGGUUCAGCGAAAAGAAAGGGCUUGGAGGUGGUAGAGAGGUGGCAGAGAGAAUAACUAAUGUUUGGCUCCUGAUCUCUAUUGGCCGAAACCAACUAGGGUGUUCAUGUACCGAGAAGCAAGAUCUCCCCGAGUGGUUCACGUUGUAUCAUCUUGUUUUGCGAAAACCAAGCACGAGGAAGUCAGCCCUUCGCUUGACCUGCAACUUGCACACUUCCAAGUACACCUACAUUACCCAACACCACUGUCUGAUAGCAUGGGUGCGUCUGCUUGGGAUAGCGUACUAUGUGAUGAUGUCGACAAUAUCUGAAAGACUGACACCAGCCGAUGAUAACAAUAACACCGGUGGCGAGAAGCUGGAAGAUGGCUCCUCCACUGAGACAACGUACCAAGGAGGACCAUUUCGCGUGGGACUGCCCGGAGGCACGCACCAGGUCGGCCACAACAGGGCUGCUUGUCUCGAACCACAUUCUUCGGAUCCAGCUCAGAAGUGUUGCGGGUGCUACAAGGAGCUCCAAACUGCCAGCGAAUGCAGUACUAUGCAGAUUCACGCAGUUUUCAAGGCUAUUCGUGUUUAUGCCGCCUUGGGAGAAGAGGCUGCUGACAAGGAGGUGGAUGUCGACACUGAACCCGAUUCACACCGUGUAGCAAGCUGGAGUUUCGUACCAAAGCAUAAAGGCCUGCAAGAAGUGCCGAAGCUAUAG